AUGCUCCGGCUGCGGUUCCCCGGGUGCGCACCUGUCGACAGCGUGGUGGGCAGGUUGCAGGGGUAUCAGAGCUGGCUCGUGGUGAGGAUAGCGACCGUGAGAUGCCCGAUGAGCAGAGCACCUGCUGUGAAGGCACUCAAGGACAGGGCCGAAGGAGGAGGAGGAGGAGCCAACGGGGGAUUCUCUGGCCAGAGAUGGGACCCUGGCUUGGAGAUUGAAGUCCCCUUCGAACAGAGACCGGUAAUCUCCACAGAACCAUGUCGAAAUUUCCUCCUCCUAGGGCUUCUCGGAAGUGGCGGGCCUCUUGAACUGGUGUAGAGGCUAGCCGCUAUUUUGCUCCAGCCUGUUGGUGGAGAUGAUGGGUGAGGCAGAAAUGAACAUAAUAGAAUGCUUAGAAAUUUGCAUGAAUGUGCUGAAGUUGAACUUAAGCUGAUGUUUUUUUUUUCAAGUUUAACUUGAUUUGUGGGCACAUUUACUCCAGAAGUAUUUUGAUCAGAGCACCAGGUGAUGGUUACAACUGCGAUUUUAUGCCAGGUGAACGAGUACUCAUCUUUGAAAAGCAGCCUUCUUUAUUCUUGGGGAGAGCUGAGCCCUGGGUCCUUCUUCCUGCGCCUGGGUAGCCUGUGGCUAAUCACUUUUACGGUUCUUGGAGCACCAAUAGCGGCUGCUAGCUUUAAUCCAUCAAAGGUACGAUGGCUAUCAUCAAUUGAACAAAACUUUGAAAAUCAUGCUCAAAGAAGAACGAGAAGAACCCACAUCCAUUUAGAUCUCAAAAUUAUAUUUUUGCUCUUGGUGGCAAUUUUUCGGAAAAUUGUCACAGAUAAAACUUAGAGGUUCAAGUUUCAACUACAAACUUUCACUGAGAAAUUAAAAAAUGACACCAUUGAUGGCACAAGUAAAAUUAUCUUACAAGAAUUUUCAGACAUAUUGUUGCCACAUACUUACUUUCGUUCAUUUCAACAUGCAGGAUCCCUUAAAAUUUGUACUAUCCGCAGGAAUUGGAACACUACUACUGGUUUCCAUAGUUGUCUUGCGCAUAUACCUGGUAUCUUUCUUGUUGUGCGAACUCUUGAGUAUGUGCAUUUUGAUGACUAAUAACGUAGAAUCAUCUUUAUCUCAAUAAUCAUCAGACACUCAGCGACUCAGAGCAUUUAUUUUGAAGUUUUCUAUAUAAGAUCAUCCUUCGUGGUCGUCUCUAACAUUAAUAAUUGAAGAAAAACAGAUUAUAAACAUUAACUUUCCUUGCUCAUAAAUCCGAGAUACAUCUAGCCAGAUAAUUUCAAAAACUGCAGUAAUGAACAGGCACCUUGAAACACAAGAUGACGUUCCCUCCUACCAUAGUAUACCCGUAAAAGAGGAAAACCAGGCCAUAUAGAGCAGUAUUAGGACAGAAAGCUCAGAUCUCAACCCUCUUACCAUACAAAUAUGCUCCAGGUAAAUGACCAGAAUACCCGUUCCCAGUUUCUAGUCGGCUUUAUGACUAAUAUUGGCAUAAUCGUCUGAAAGUUAAUGUCACAUUUGCAUGUGAAUGCACGGUGCUCUCAAAAUUCCCCCUGUAUAUGUCCAUCCCUUGAAACCGAAGAGGCCUAUUGGAUGUUGAAAAAAAGUGCACUCUCUACUAACCGUUUCCCCUCUAUAAUUAUACAGGGGUGGAGUUAUGUUGGCGACAGGCUGUUGUCAGCAGUGAUACCCUACGAAGAGAGUGGAUGGUAUGACGGACAGAUGUGGGUGAAGCCGCCAGAGGUAUGUAUGUCUCAGUAUACACCAGUAAGGCCAAAAGUUAAAGGCUCUUCAUGAAGUAUGUAUUUGGAAGGAAUGAUCUGGACAUAAUAGAACCAGAUAAUUACUCGAUCAGCUUACAUAUCGAUGAAAAGAAUUGAAGGAGAAAUGAUGACCUAGUAUCAUCUUCAACUGACAAUAGUAAUGGUUAAAUCAAUCAACUAUGUUUUUUCUGGAACAAAAAAAAAAGAUACAGAUCGUACAUUUUUCCACUCUGAAACGCAUGGGAUGAAAAUGAAUAUUCAAAAGAUAGACCAGUCAUAUGUAGCAUUAAUUCAGAAUUCAUUGCACGCACAGAACAGAAGAGCCGAUCUUGGUUUCAUGCAUAUCAUCACCGCCUUUACGAGUGUUUGUUCUCUCAUCCCAUAGCAUAACGUCCAUGAAUAUUCUGUAAACACAGAGCAGUCCAAAAUGCCCAAAUAUGGCAUCUUAAGCGUCUCAUAUUGCAUCUCCAACAAUGCUGACACAAAAUUAUAAUAUCGUAAAUGCAACACUGGAUAUGUGUUAAAACGUCUCUUCAUUCUUACCUUUUGCGUACAGUUAUAAUAUCAGACUAAUUACAGUUUCUAUUGGAUACCGAUCUAGGUGUUGGCUCGCGAUAGGUUGCUGGGUUCCUACAAGGUACAGACUAGCAUCUCUUAUUUUAGCCUCCAUAUGGAACUUUGAACAAGUUGGCCCAGGGCCUAAAAAAUAGAAUCCCAAAAAAAAAUGAAUUUGGCUAUUAUAUGCAUAGUGGGAUGGUUCAAGGCCCCCCCUCCUAUUAUAUCUUUCUCAUUUUGCAUUGCAUCAACUCUCAUGUCUUUCUUACGCCAGGUGAAACCAGUGAUCAAAUUGUUGAAACGAACACUACUGGGGACAGGAAUUCUCCUUGCCACAGCCGUAUCCCUUUUGAUAUUUGCAACCCCAGUAGAGAAUUUCUUACAGUCACUUUCGCAUGCAAACGAAAGUGGUUUAGUUGUAUCCGCUGCAAAAGCACCUGACCUCAAGUAAGUGACUGAUUGCUGAGAGCUUACUUCACAGACCACAUUUUUCCUAUCUGAUUCUGCUGGAAAUUUUCAGAAAGGAGGAAUUACUAAGGUUGCCAGUGGAAGUGAUGAACGAUGACGAUCUAGCAGCUGCUGCGGCUGAGGCUGCUGAUGGAAGGCCAGUGUAUUGCAGAUCUCGUCUCUAUCGUGCAUUAGCAGGUGGACAGUAUUGCAAGUGGGAUGAUCUACUUAACUGA